AUUAUGUUACAGAAUGAUCAACCAUCUCCUAUAAAUACAUCUAUAUACUCAAUUGUGUUUGAGCCACAAAGGAAAAGAUUUUUUUUCAUAUAAUGGGUAGGCAAAGUGGGGAUCCUACUAUGGCUAGUUCCUCGAUUGCACUUUUGCAAGAAAGGUUUAGGCAGCUGCAGAAGGUUAGACAAAAGAGAGAAGCUAAAGAGCUUCUGAAACUAUUCUCUGAACCCGACCGUGCUGGCUCGACCAAACGCUACGAACCCGACGUGCAUUUAUCAUACAGGCAACCCCAGCAAGACUCGCUCACUCUUGGACUGAACUCACUGAGCAAGCAAACCGAUUUCAGAGCCAUGGGAAUCCCUGCAUCAACGAGCUUAUGGACUAACAGUGAACCAACUUCAAGCGGUACUUCAAAAUAUUUGGAGAACUCUGAUGUUGAUACUUCUCUUCAUCUGUAGAUCGGAAAGCCUUAAUAUGUGUCAUAAUAUCUUUGUUAACUUAUCUACUCUCUCUUUCCUCUUGUGUUUUUUUGGUCUGUAAGAUUGAAAGAGUAAUAUAACCAUAUAUAUUUACUGAUAA